CUGUGGUCCAGGCAGCUGCCAAGAAUGAACUGAGUUGAACAGUGGAGGAACAUCGAGGGAGCGGGACACAAAAACUUCAAGCACUGGCAACUAGAACUUAUUUGUCUUGAUGCUCGGUCAAGAAAAGGAAUCACUCUAUCCAGCACACCUCCCAUUAUUUCUUCUUCGCAAGGUCGAACAACAUGGCUCUCGCCCAGCGUGACGCACAGGAAUCCGACAUCACCGUUCUUUGCGACAUCUUCUUUAAUGCAUUUGCAAAUGAUCUCGUCAUGAAACAAUGUUUCCCAGAUGUACCCGACGUUCGAGCUUUCUGGGAGAACAUCUUGAAGAAAGGAAUGGCCGAUCCAAAGUGUCACACCAGAUGUGUCGUCGACACAGCACUACCAGGGAGUCCUGUCAUCGCCUACUCAAGAUGGGUGGACUGUGACAAAGAUGCUCCCCCUCCCGAGGGUCCACAGUACCCUUCCGGGGGCAACGUGGAAGUUUCCAAAAUCUUCUUUCCUCAAUUGAGAAAGAAGAGAAUGGAGAUCAUGAAGGGCCGGGAGUACUGGUAUCUGGGUCUAUUGUGCUGCAGCCCGUCCCAUCAAGGCCGAGGCGCUGGACGUAUGUUGCUGGAAUAUGGUCUUGGCUUGGUAGACAAGGAGGGAAAAGAAGCUUAUGUGGAAGCAAGCCCACCAGGAGCACCUGUCUAUAAGAAAUUUGGAUUCAAAGAAGUGGACAAAGUAGUCAUGUUUGAUGGGCAGUUUACUGAACUUUUGAUGUUGAGGGAUGGAAAACAAACGACCGCAUAGACAAGGACAGGACAGGACAGAAAAGUUUGCGGCAUAGAUAGAUAUUGAGGUAUACACUCUCUUGUUAUUUGUUAGAAGGCCGGCCAUGGUAAAAGAGUUGCUUCCAGCAAAAUAUAU